AUUAUCUUCGCCUCGUAGUCCUCUCGCACCCACCAUGACAUCCGAGUAAGGUCGCGCCGGUCGAUCAGCCAAGAUGACCCAUCGAUUCUCUUGCGCUCUCACUAGUUUGUGUCCGCACACCCGGACGCUAUUUGACCUCUUGCAGACUCAGUACUCAUUACCUAGACCCUAGCGAGGUCGACCGACUCGCCGUUACUCAUCAGCCGACUGACUCGGCGCAUAAAUCGACAGUAGCGUAAACGAGAGCACUAGCAGCGCUGCUGAACCUUGCACCCGAGAGUCCAUGUCGUCCGCCGCAGACAUCUUCAAGCCCGCCCCGGGGGACGACCCCCUCCGCGCAUUCCGCGCCGAGUUCGCCAUCCCGACGAACCGCCAGAUGAAGGCGACGGCCGUCGGCCCCGAGCUCGCGGACGCGCCAUGCACGUACCUGUGCGGAAACUCGCUCGGCGCGCAGCCCCGCCGCGCGCGGCAGCUCGUGCAAGAGGAGCUCGACGUCUGGGCGACACAGGGCGUCGAGGGGCACUUUGACCAUCCGCACGGCCGCGACUGGAUGCACAUCGCGGAUACCGUGCACCCCGUCUUCGCCGAGCUCGUAGGUGCACAAGAGUCCGAGGUCGCGUGCAUGGGCACGCUCACGGCGAACCUGCACCUCCUCCUGAACACGUUCUACCGCCCAACGACGGCGCGCUACAAGAUCCUCUGCGAGGCGCGCGCCUUCCCUUCGGACCAGUAUGCGAUGGCCUCGCAGGCGGCCGCGCACGGCCUCGACCCCGCCACCGCCAUCCUCGAGCUCGCGCCGCGCGCGGGCGAGCACACGCUCCGCACGUCCGACAUCCUCGACGCGAUCACACGCGAGGGCCCGUCGCUCGCGCUCGUGCUCUUCAGCGGGGUCCAGUACUACACCGGGCAGCUCUUCGCCAUCGAGGCGAUCACGCGUGCCGCGCACGCGCAGGGCUGCAUCUGCGGCUGGGACCUCGCGCACGCGGCCGGCAACGUCCCGCUCGCGCUGCACGACUGGGGCGUCGACUUUGCGGCGUGGUGCACGUACAAGUACCUCAACGCGGGCCCGGGCGCGAUCGGCGGCAUCUUCGUGCACGAGCGCUGGGCGGACGAGCCCAUCCGGGCCGCGGGCUGGUGGGGCCACGACGCGCAGACGCGCUUCGCGAUGCCGGCGACGUUCGCGCGGAUCCGCGGCGCGCAGGGCUUCCAGCAGUCGAACCCGUCGGUGCUCGCGACGGCGGCGCUGCUGGGGUCGCUGGGGGUGUUCCGCGCGGCGGGCGGGAUGGGCCCGCUGCGCGCGCGCAGCGUGCGGCUCACGGGCUACCUGGAGGCGCUCCUGCGCGCGUCGCGGUUUUUCGUGGACGUGCAGGCGAGCGAAGGCGGGAGGACGCGGGUGGGUGUGACAAUCAUCACGCCGGCGGACGCGGCGGAGCGCGGGGCGCAGCUGUCGCUGCUGUUCUUGCCUGUGGGGAGGGGCGUGAUGCCGCGGGUGCUGCAGGGGCUGGGCGAAAGGGGUGUUGUCGGGGAUUCGAGGCGGCCGGACGUGAUCAGGCUGGCGCCGUGUCCGCUGUACAACUCGUGGGAAGAUGUUGAGAGGGCCGUGAGUGUGCUGAACGAGGUUUUGGAGGUCGUCGAGCUGGAGGGUCUUGGCGGUAACGAGGCCUCUGCAUGA